AUGUAUUCUGCAAAGGGGCUUUGGGAUAAUGUGUCGAGAGUUAGGAAGCUGAUGAGAGACCAAGGGGUGGAAAAGGAGCCUGCAUGUAGCUUGGUUGAAGCUGAAAACAAGUUCCAUGUAUUCUUGGUCGAUGACACUGCACAUCCUGAAGUUAAUGCUGUCUACAAUUAUCUCAAGCAGCUUGGCUUUGAAAUGAGGAUAUCAGGGUACGUGCCGGACACAAGAAAUUAUCAUUUCACAUGGACCAUUCUAGCAACUGCAGUUCUAGGAACAUGGACUUUGUUUGCUGGGUGCGCUCAUUCCUUUCUCUGCGUAGCUCUAGCAACUGCAGUUCUAGGAACAUGGACUCCAGGACUGGAGGGUGACUUCACUAGAGUUGGAUAG